AUGUCGGACCCACGAGGCAGCCAAGGAUAUCAACUUGGCGUUGAUGUCGGCGGUACCUUCACCGACGUUUAUGUCUUCACGCCGCACGGCCAAACCGUCCGAGCCAAAGUCCCGACUACCCCCUCAGACCAAAGUAUUGGUAUCCAGAACGGCAUUACUAAAGCUCGAGAAAUACUCAAAGCCGAAUCAGAUUGGUCCGGGUCCUUCCAGUUUAUUCACCACGGCACGACAACGGCGACCAAUGCGGUCCUGGAGGGUAAAGGAGCGCGGACCGCUCUCGUUGUUACUGCUGGCCACAAGGAUAUUCUCGCACUGCGACGGUCACAGAUUCCGGGAGGAUUAGGUGCCUGGCUACACUUCACGCCGCCAGAGCCCAUUGUUCCACUGGAACGAGUCGUGCAAUGCAAGGAACGAAUGUCGGUGCAAGGAGAGCCUGUCACUGAAGUGGAUACUGAAGACCUGCGGCGGAGCCUGAGAAUUUUGGCUGGACAGAACCCAGAGGCCGUGGCAAUUUCCCUUCUGAAUUCACACAGCAACGAUGCGCAUGAGCGAGUGGUGCAACGUAUCGUCCGCGAGGAGCUUGGCGACAGUGUGGCUAUUAUCUGCUCCGCAGAUGUGUUGAGAGAGGUUGGCGAGUACGAACGUACGGUAACAACCUGCACGAAUGCGCUUGUCAAACCCGUGGUGCAGACAUAUCUUCGGAACUUGGCCGAUAAGCUCACGACAGAGAGUGAGACGAUUCGUGUUCUUAAGAGCGAUGGCGGUUUGACCAGCUUGACGCUGGCUGGGGAGCUGCCAGUUAACAUUCUCAUGUCAGGACCAGCUGGUGGUGUGAAGGGAGUAGCAGAUGUUGUGGCUCGGAGUACCCCAUACAAAAAUUUGGUUACUCUGGACAUGGGCGGCACCUCGACGGAUUGCGCGCUGAUAUACAAUGGUCAGCCCCAGUUGCGACGAGAAACGACCGUUGAGAAUUUGUCCGUUCGCUCGCCGGCGGUCGAUAUCACCACCGUUGGUGCUGGUGGAGGUUCCAUCGCAACAUAUAUGGAACUCACAGAGACUUUGCGAGUGGGUCCUGAAAGUGCUGGCGCAUCGCCAGGGCCUGCAUGCUAUGGGAACAACGGAACUGAGGCGACGGUCACAGAUGCAAAUCUUGUUCUAGGAUAUUUGCCCUCAACCUUGUUGGGGGGUGACUUUGCGCUGGACGUGAAGGCGGCCAUUGCAACUGUGGAAAGCAUCGCGACGCAAAUGAAGCUCCCAGUUUCCCAGCUAGCAGAAGACAUCAUUGCGGUUACCAAUGAGACCAUCUAUGGCGCCCUGCGUCUCGUUUCAGUAGAGCAAGGUUACGACCCACGAGACUUUGCGCUGGUAGCCUUUGGCGGUGCUGGACCGUUGCAUGCCAACGCUAUCGGUCAACUGUUAGGCGCAUGGCCGGUUAUAAUCCCUCCUUCGCCGGGUAUCUUAUGUGCUCAAGGCGACGUUACCACCAAGAUGAGCCAUGAGCAAUCGACCACCUUCAUUCGAAUGGUGUCUGAAACAACUGUGGCUGAGAUUCGAAACCAAUAUGCGGCAUUGGAGCAGCAGUGCCAGGAUACCCUGCAACGAAACUCCGUUGAAGCGUACCCCAUGAUGUGGAAAGCCCAAUACCAGGCUGAUCUCCGGUACAAAGGGCAGGCGUUAACAAUUACCGUCGACCUUGAAGCAGAUGAGCUAGCUACCAACACUGACGUGUGGCGUGGCGUGCUGCGAGAGAAGUUUGACCGCCAGCACCAACAGCUAUUUACCUACUGUCUGCCCGAUUUUGAGCUGGAAUUAAUGCGACUGGGAGUUGUGUUGGUCGAUGACUCGCCCAACAUCGAUAUCCCGCAAGUCGAGAAGACAGCGUCCAUCGAUCCUCCUGCCGACGCCAAGGUCGGGGAGCAGACCAUAACGGUGCACGGCGAACAGAAAACCGCUACCAUCUGGGACCGCCAGAAGAUCAAUAAGGAGGGUGUGCAGAUAAAAGGGCCAUGCAUUAUCACAGAGAUGGACAGUAACACUUUGAUCCUGCCCGGUUACUAUGGAGAAAUUGACAGCAUCGGGAAUAUUCUGAUCAAUCCGCUGGAGAAAAAGCCUGUGGAGUCCACCGAUCAUACACUUGAAUCUGCCAAUGAUCUGGUCAAAAGAACUCCUUUGAUUCCCACGUUGAUAUCUGCAGCCUUGGCCUCCAUCCGAGGCGAGAUGGACAAGAUGAUGCUUCGGUGCAGUAUGUCGCCAGCUAUUCGAGAACAACAAGAUGAAUUCAAUGUCAUCACUGAUGCGCAGGGUAAAAUGCUUGUGGGCCAGUUCGGCAGCUUCAUCACUCAGUUCCUCGAGGUGUGGGAGGGCACCAUAGAGGAAGGAGAUGUGUUCGUUACCAACGACACCUAUCAAGUGCAGGGAGCAAUCAGUCAUCUGAACGACGUGAUCGUGCUCAUGCCCAUCUUUUACAAGCAUCGCCUCAUUGGCUGGGCGUCGCAAUUUGGCCAUCUGACGGAUGUAGGCGGCAUGGUGCCUGGCAGUAUGUCCAUCAACGCCACUUCUGUGUUCGACGAUGGCGUUCAAAUUCCAUGCAUCAAGCUAUACAGUGGUGGUGUCAUGAACUCAGACCUCGUGGAGCUUUUGUGCAGAAACUCCAGACAGCCUGCGUGGUACCGUUCUGAUCUCACGGCCAUUGUCGCCGCAUGCUCCAUGGCAGCCAAGCGAGUUUGCGAACUGGCAACCCGUUUUGGAACUGAGAUAUAUCUGGCUGCGUCCGCGGAGCUGCUGUACCGGAACCGCAGUGGCCUGGCCAAGAUCAUUGAACGGCAAUUCGACGACAAAGAAAGUAAAUUCACCGACUUUGUCGAUGAUGACGGCCACGGAGUCGGACCCUGGGCUCUCAGUUGCUCCAUGAAGAAGAUUGAUGGCAACCGGCUGCUUUUCGAUUGGAGUGGAACAUCUCCACAGAGCCAACAUGGUAUCAACUUUUACCUGUCAGAGACCAUGUUCAAGAUGUUCAUCGGGUACUAUCUUAUUGCCGCAGCUGCCCCAGGUACCGUCAUCAAUGACGGGUUCCACGACCUCAUCGAUGUCUAUAUCCCGGAAGGCACAGUGCUCAAACCCGUACGGCCGGCUCCUAUCUCUUGCCGUACUCAUCUGAUGGGCCGUACACUUGAUAUUGUCCAAGCACUGAUCGGCCAAAAGCACGAAGCCUACCAAGCCGCGGCUGGGUUCAGUGACUCGCCUCACUUCUUUUACUCUGGAUUCAAGCCCAGUGGCGAGUGGUACCAGCUCUACCAGAUUGGAUUUGGAGGAGUUCCUGCACGUCAGGCUGGCGAUGGUCCGGAUUGUCACUGCUUGUUCCCUGCUAUCAAGUCCAUUCCCACCGAGAGCAUUGAGUUGAACUACCCAUUGCGCAUCGAAGCCAAUGAAAGUGUCGCAGACAGCGGUGGCCCUGGCUUCUACCGCGGUGGAAACGCCCAGCGCACAUUGUAUCGAUUCCUGUGCCGCGGCGAAUUCAGUCUUCAUGAUGACCGGUGGUUUACCAAGCCGUGGGGAAUGAAAGGAGGCAGACCGGGGCAGCGAUCACGGAAGGUGCUGUACCGGUACUCCAAGUCAGCAGAGAACCCGGCCAUAGAAGUUCUGCCCUCUAAAUGCGAUCAUAUUCGCGUUGACCCAGAUGAUCUCCUUGAGUGGGUAACUUGGGGUGGAGGUGGGCUCGGCGAUCCGUUGAGUCGACCUGCAGAGAAGGUCGCCCUCGAAGUCCAUCGCAAGCUUGUCACAGUGAACGGCGCUCGCAAAGGGUACGGUGUCGUCGUGAAAAGCGACUUCACUGUCGACCUAGCAGCAACCGAAGAGCUAAGGAACACAAUGUGUGUGGAGCGUGCUAAGCUUGGAGACAUUCCGACCUAUGAUCGUGGUGGCAGCAUCGAGGGCUUGCGACAGACAUGCUUUGCGGAGACCGGGCUGGCUCCGCCUGAGCCGCAGUGGGAAAUUGACUUGUACGGGCCUCACGCGGGAGUGGAGUAUGUUAAGACGUGGUAUGCAGACAUGAAACGCCAAAAUGGCUGGGGAAUUUGA